GCGAGAAGAUAAGUUGAGGGAACAUGGCGACGCUGCUAAAGAACAAAGGCUCCCUCCAGUUCGAGGACAAGUGGGACCUGAUGAGGCCCAUCGUGCUCAAACUCCUGAGGCAGGAGUCUGUGACCAAACAGCAGUGGUUCGACCUCUUCUCAGAUGUCCAUGCAGUUUGUCUGUGGGACGACAAAGGUCCGGCCAAGAUCCACCAGGCCCUGAAGGAGGACAUCCUAGACUUCAUCAAACAGGCCCAGGCCCGCGUGCUCAGUCACCAGGACGACACGGCGCUGCUCAAGGCCUACAUCGUGGAGUGGAGGAAGUUCUUCACUCAGUGUGACAUUCUGCCCAAACCCUUCUGCCAGCUGGAGAUCACCCUGAUGGGCAAACAGGGCAGCACCAAGAAGUCCAACGUGGAGGACAGCAUCGUCCGCAAGCUCAUGCUCGACACGUGGAACGAGUCGAUCUUCUCCAACAUUAAGAACCGUCUGCAGGACAGCGCCAUGAAGCUGGUGCACGCGGAGAGGCUGGGCGAGGCCUUCGACUCGCAGCUCGUCAUCGGCGUGCGCGAGUCCUACGUGAACCUGUGCUCCAACCCCGACGACAAGCUCCAGAUCUACAGGGACAACUUUGAGAAGGCCUACAUGGACUCCACCGAGAGGUUCUACAGAACACAGGCUCCAGCCUAUCUCCAGCAGAACGGGGUCCAGAACUACAUGAAAUACGCCGACUCGAAGCUCAGGGAGGAGGAGAAGAGGGCGCUGAGGUACCUGGAGACCCGACGAGACUGUAACUCUGUCCAGGCCUUGAUGGAGUGCUGUGUGAACGCUCUGGUCACCUCCUUCAAAGAGACGAUCCUGGCCGAGUGUCCCGGGAUGAUCAAGAGAAACGAGACAGAGAAGCUCCACCUCAUGUUCUCGCUGAUGGACAAAGUUCCCAGUGGGAUCGAGCCGAUGCUGAAGGACCUGGAGGAGCACAUCAUGAGCGCAGGACUCGCCGACAUGGUGGCGUCCGCCGAGACCAUCACCUCGGACUCGGAGAAGUACGUGGAGCAGUUGUUGACUCUGUUUAAUCGGUUCAGUCGUUUGGUGAAGGAGGCGUUUCAGGACGACCCGCGCUUCCUCACGGCGCGAGACAAAGCGUACAAAGCCGUCGUGAACGAUGCCACCAUCUUCAAACUGGAGCUGCCAAUGAAACAGAAAGGUGUGGGAUUAAAGACGCAGCCUGAGUCCAAGUGUCCAGAGCUUUUGGCGAACUACUGCGACAUGCUGCUGCGAAAAACCCCCCUCAGCAAGAAACUCACGUCCGAAGAGAUCGAAGCCAAACUCAAGGAAGUGCUGCUGGUGCUGAAGUACGUGCAGAACAAAGACGUGUUCAUGCGGUACCACAAAGCCCACCUGACCCGCCGCCUCAUCCUGGACAUCUCCGCCGACAGCGAGAUCGAGGAGAACAUGGUGGAGUGGCUCAGGGAGGUGGGGAUGCCUGCUGAUUAUGUGAACAAACUCGCCCGAAUGUUCCAGGACAUUAAAGUGUCUGAAGAUCUGAACCAGUCCUUCAAAGAAAUGCACAAACACAACAAGCUCGCCCUGCCAGCCGACUCCGUGAACAUAAAGAUCCUGAACGCCGGCGCCUGGUCCAGGAGCAGCGAGAAGGUGUUCGUGUCUCUGCCCACGGAGCUGGAGGACCUGAUCCCCGAGGUGGAGGAUUUCUACAAGAAGAACCACAGCGGACGCAAACUGCACUGGCACCACCUCAUGUCCAACGGCAUCAUCACGUUUAAGAACGAGGUGGGCCAGUACGACCUGGAGGUGACCACGUUCCAGCUGGCCGUGCUCUUCGCCUGGAACCAGCGGCCGCGGGAGAGGAUCAGCUUCGAGAACCUGAAGUUGGCGACGGAGCUGCCGGACGCCGAGCUCCGGAGGACGCUCUGGUCCCUGGUGGCUUUUCCAAAACUAAAGCGUCAGGUGUUAUGUUAUGACCCUGUGGUCUCCUCACCCAAGGACUUCGCAGAGGGAACGCUCUUCUUUGUAAACCAAGAAUUUUCACUCAUAAAAAACUCUAAAGUCCAGAAGCGCGGAAAGAUCAACCUGAUCGGACGCCUGCAGCUCACCACCGAGAGGAUGAGAGAAGAGGAGAACGAAGGCAUCGUACAGCUACGGAUACUGAGGACACAGGAGGCCAUCAUCCAGAUCAUGAAGAUGAGGAAACGCAUCAACAACGCGCAGCUGCAGACGGAGCUGGUGGAGAUCCUCAAGAACAUGUUUUUACCACAGAAGAAGAUGAUCAAGGAGCAGAUCGAGUGGCUCAUAGACCACAAGUACAUCAAGAGGGACGAGACUGAUAUUAACACCUUCAUAUACAUGGCGUAGCACAGCGGACGACCAGAGGGACCAGAGGGACCAGAGGGACCAGGGGGACCAGGGGGACCAGGGUGAGGGUCUGACGGACACCAGAGGACUUACCGGGCCGACCCCACCCGUUCCUUUAUUUAAAACUACUCUCGUUUUCUCGCAGGGAGGCAUGAACUAUUUAAAACACUUCCUGCUUUAAUGUUGUAUAAAAAAAAAACGACGGAGCGUUCGCCGAGAGGACGUUUGUCGGAGAUCAGAGGGACACACGAGGCAAAGACACGAGGCAAAGACAAAAGACGUGCUGAGAGAAACUUAAAGAACACACAUUAUGCAAAAUAGACGUUUUUAAACCUGCUUUACCGCGGUCGCCUCGUUAAAAACAAACCUGGAAUCAUGUUUCGCUUUUGUUUCGUCAAAGGUAUUUUGUAAAACUCCUGGAAAACGGCGUUGUACAGAGUCCGUUUUUGGAGACCCGCGCAGUCCAGCGUCGCACUCGCGCGUUACCCGCCCGAGCCCGAGAUAAACCACACACACAAAUCAUGAAAUGAAUCGUGAAAAAUCAUGAAAUGAAAUGAAAACGGUUUCGCUUUCUUCAGGACGAACGCGAACGAACAGACGCGACUCGACUGAAAUCACCUCAAAGACUUUAUUUACUGAGCAGAAGAAACAAUCGAGAUGCCGAACACACGAUGGACGAACCAGGACUAAACCAAGGGGAGACUGGGACCAGACCGGGACCAAGACCAGACCAGGACCAGGCCGUGAUUGAGACCGGGACUGAGACCGGGAUUGAAAACAGUUUAGUCCGGGUUUAAUCCUGGUUUAGUCCUGGUUUAGUCCUGGUUUAGUCCUGGUUUAGUCCUGGUUUAGUCCUGGUUCAGUCCGUUAUCCGCUUUUUUCCAUUUUUCAUUUUAACACAAAAUCGAAAACUGAAAAAACAAAUCAAUCCGUGUGACUGUUUCUCGUUUUCGUGACUUAAACUGCGAUGCCGAACUGAACCAGGACUGAAUCAGGUCUGGGACCAGAACUGAGACCAGACUGAGACUGAGACCAAGACCAGGACUGAAAAUGGUUCAGUCCUGGUUCAGUCCGUUCUCCUUUUUUUUUUUUUUUCCAUUUUUCAUUUAAACACAAAAUUGAAAACUGAAGAAAAAAAAAAAACCCGAAUCAUUAUCUGUUUUUUCAUUUUGGUUUUGGAGACAAAUAAUGAAGAAAAUAGUUAUAUUUUUUUCUUUUUCUCAUUUAUUUUUUAUGUUGAAAAACGAAUGAACGAACGACACACGGAUUCAGUUUGUUCCUUUUAAAAUUCAGCGUCGCAUUUAUCAACUGUAAAGAGAAAAGUCUUUUAUUAAAACUAAUACAUUUAUUUUUAGGAGAAGCAUAGAAUUUUCCCAAGUCCAAAUCGAGUCCCAAGUUUUUGUCUGUUUUAUUAAGUCUCAAGUCCGAAAAAUAGUGACUCAGGUCUGACUCGAGUCACUACAUGCCAGUCCCUCGGUUUAAGGGCUGUGGAGGAGUUUUUGUAAAUUUAAAUAACGGAAUUUAAAUCAGCCGCACCACACUGACUUUAUUUAUAAUGCACUUUAAAAACUUAAAACUCCAAAGUGCUGCACAAAAACACCGAACAGACGAAAACGAUCACACUUCAGAGUCACAAUUCAACCACAAAAAAAUAAAUAAACUAAAGAAAUGAAUAAGAAAGAAAAGGAUAAGAUACUUGAGUUAGUUAAGGACAACAAGAAAUUAACUUCUGAUUUCGUGUUUGACCCACAAAAUUUCGUCAGAGUUGCGUCGCUUCGUUCUAAACCAUAUCAACAUCGCCCUUAAAAAAUACUAAAAUACUAAAACUUUUACAUUUUAAACUUUAAAUCUGUACUUUAUGAACUUUCCAGACUUUAUUUUAAGUUAUAAAAGGUGAAAUCCUGACCUCGAGGUGACCAAAAGCAGGUUUAAAAUCAAAACCGGAGCCGCUCGAAAGCAUAAUGUGUGUUUUUGUUGUUUUUUUUUUAAAGAAUUUUGAAGACCUUCGAAAAAAAUCAAGUCCAACUGGAGUCCUUUUGAACAAAACGGAACUCACGUCUCCAGGAUUCUUGACUCGACGCUGCAAACAAAUCUUUCUAACGAGCUGAACAUGAAUUUACUUUUACUGUUAUUUUUAUUUAUUUGUCGGUCGGUUUGUUUUCGCGCUUUUGUUUCAAGGUGUUUUUCGUGUAUUUCAGAGUUAAAAUUUCAUCUUUUACUACGACAUUUCCGUUUCCUCGUCGCGCGCUCGGACCUGGAGUUGUGUUUUGUUGACGGAAAACACUCUGCUCCACCUCGUGAUGUCAUGAAGUGGUCCUACGAAGCUCCAAACUCCACACACCUUCACUGGAAUCUUUUUUUUUUUUUUUUUUUCCCAGUUCUGGAGUUUCUUUUACCGAUCUCGGCUGAACUAAAAAGGAGCUGAGAACUUGGGAAAACGACCACUUCAUGACAUCACGAGGUGGAACGGAGCGAGUUACUCAAACAUGUGAAUGAAACAAAAAUAAUAAUAAUCAAUAAUAAUGUUUUAUUUGAAAACGAGCAGCAAAGAACAAUAAAAAUAUCAUCCAGAAAACACAAAAAUAAACAAAGAAGUGAUCAGUUUAAUAAAUUAUCAUAAAAUAGAAUAAAAAUAAAUGAAAUUAAAUUAAAAAGACAACUCCAGGUGUGUGUUUUUGAGGAGGAAACAUUAGAACAUGAGUUAAAGUUCACAGGAGUCAGUUUUGCGUCAGAAUCUUUAAAUUCUAGUAGAGUAAGAAAUGUUCAGUUAAAGCUACAAUCUGAAACUUUAUUUGAUUUAUUUAACCGGGAAAUGAUAGAUGUGAAACCUGUUCACCUGACCCCUCCCCUCACC